UCGCUCUUCACCAUGUUUGACAUCUUAUCUGGAGUUUGUCAGUCUCACGCUGGACUUACGGGAACAACGAGCGCGCGCAGCAGGAUCCUCGUCCUCCAUGAUUCCCAAAGCUGAGGGGACGUCUAAUAAGAGCAGAUAAGAGUUUCAAGCCUCCAGCUGCGCUUAUAAAGCUGCAGCGGCUGCUUUCAGCCUCCAGAGCCGCAGCUUCACUGCUCUCCAUCAUAACCAUGGUUCUACACCUGCUCUGUUUGCUGAUGCUGCUCCACAGCACCGAAGGUGCUGCAGCGAGGAGCUCUAUCAUCGGGGGAAGUGAUGCAGAGGUUGGCGCCUGGCCGUGGAUGGUCCACAUCAACAUCACUCACAACAGGACCACAAAGUGGCGCUGUGGAGGCACCAUCCUGAACGAGGAGUGGGUGAUGACCGCUGCCCACUGCUUAGACAGGCAACUCAAAGUCGACGAACAGCAAUCGUUUGUUGCUGUGGGAAAACACGACCUGCAGAAGGGGUGGGGUGGUUACAAGGACAUUAAAACCUUCGUUCUUCAUCCCUCCUACAACGGUGUGAGCAACAGCCAUGACUACGACCUGGCUCUGAUCAACCUGAAGCGCAAGCUGAAUUUCAACCCCAACGUCUCUGCAAUCAGCCUGCCCAAGGCCAGCGACAUCUUCAAUGAGACCUCUGAUUGCUGGAUCACCGGCUGGGGGCAGAUUGGCAAUGGUGUCCCCCUGCCUCCACCAGAGACCCUCCAGCAGCUGAAGAUUCCUCUGGUUCCUCACAGCAUCUGUAAAAAGACGUACCCCCAUCUGACCUCCAACAUGCUGUGCGCUGGGGCUGAAGGGAAGGACGGCUGCGAGGGGGACGAUGGCGGGCCGCUGGUUUGCAAGACGCCCUCUGGCUUGGUCCAGGUGGGAAUCAUGAGUUCUAGAAGUCCAGGUGGAUGCGGUCUACCAGGCCAACCUGGUAUCUACACUCAGGUGUCUGGCUUUGUGGAUUACAUCCAACGACGCAUCAACCACACCAAAGAAGGCUCAGCUGAGGCCUGAAGCCGAUUUCCUCCUCCCUCUGCAGCUUCUCUCCUCUCGCUCCGUCCUGCUCAUCCAUCUCUGAAAUUCUCUCAUUAAAGUUUCUAAGCAUCA